CUUGGGGCUUCAUUCCUCUGCCUCACACUCUUCACUAAAACUUGAGCGUAGUCGACAAAAGCCCCAAAAGCUCAAACGCGCUGAAGCUCCUUCUUCUUUUAUCGCUAUCUCUGAUCGUCUUCUUGAGCUCAAUUCUUGAAGAAUAUGGCGAGGUCUUGGAUAAUUGAUAGCCGAACAAUUGCAAGAAAAGUCAAAAACGUCACUCGAUCGUCUUCACAAGUAAUUAAAGAUUGCGAUGCGAAACGAGAAUGUCCGAACUGUCACUUUAUUAUUGAUAAUACAGAUGUUUCUCCUGAAUGGCCUGGAUUGCCUGCUGGUGUUAAGUUUGAUCCAAGUGAUGAAGAGAUAAUGGAUCACUUAGCAGCUAAAUGCACCGUUGGAAACUUAAAGCCACAUGCAUUAAUUGAUGAAUUCAUCCCCACACUUGAAACAGAUCAAGGAAUUUGUUAUACUCAUCCAGAAAAUCUCCCCGGUGUUUGUAAAGAUGGAAAUGAUGUACAUUUCUUUCAUAAGACAAGCAAUGCAUACGCCACGGGUCAAAGGAAACGUCGCAAGAUUGAAAGUGGACAUGAUUCAAGCCUCGAACAUUUUCGCUGGCAUAAGACAGGUAAGACUAAAGCUUUGAUAGAAAAGGGUGUUCAUAAGGGAUGGAAGAAGAUCUUCUCUUUGUAUAGAAGUUCAAAGGGAGGCUUGAAACCCGAAAAGUCAAACUGGGUGAUACAUCAAUAUCAUUUGGGAACUGAAGAAGAUGAGAAGGAAGGAGAAUACGUUUUGUCGAAGAUUUCUCAUCAGCAACCGAAGCAAUGUAUUAAGAGUGGUGAUAAUAUGCUUAUUGAGGAUUUUGAUGCUAUGCUCCGUCAUACGAGUCCUAGAACUCCCAAGUCGAAUCCCCCGGUUCCACCUCGAUCGGGAAAAUCGUUUGUCUCCAAUGCUGUUGCUGACAAUAGUCUGCCUCUGUCAUUUGCAAAGGGAGAAGAGUUGGCUCUAGAAAUGUCUCGUGUUUCUUAUCCGAGUAUUUCAUCGGAGAACAACCUGGGAUACCAUGCAUGGUUGGCUGGAGAAUCUCAGGAUAUAGAUAAUGUUGAAUUACAUUACUUGGAAGACAAUUUAUUGUGCAAUGAAGUCCUGGAUUCUUGUGCUGUUAUGAGUAACAACCAACUAAAUCAAAUGCCUUUCUCGCUCUCUGGUAGCAACACGUGCCACGAGAUUAUGAACGACAACGUUCCAUGUGGAAUUGCAGACCUUGAGAACCUUGAAUUAGAUACUCCACCUGACUUUCAUCUUUCUGACCUGCAGUUUGGUUCUCAAGAGAGCAUUUUCGACUGGAUCGACAGGAUAUGAAGUGAAGGUCGAAGCAAAAUCUUACGAGAAUGACGUGUUCAAUCUGACUUUUCGGCCCGAAUCUUCCUUGAAUUCACCAUCAUUCAUCGUAAAACUCUUUGAAGUCAUUUCGCUUUCAUUUAUAUGGGGAUUGCCAUGCCUUUUACCCCUUGAAAAUUGAUUAAACUUCGAAAUUCACAUGGCACAUAACCUUAUCUAUGAGUUGUUUCUCAGUAAGGUCAUUGGAUCAAGAGCAAUCGAGACCGACCCCAUGAUCGAGCUGGUUUUUGCUCAAAUUUUGUGUUAAAUGCACCACGAAGGUGCUUGAACUACUUAUUUUGAGUGUCAUUGAUGAUAUGUGAGAUGGGUGGCUGGGUGUAAAAUGUGAAAACUGAUAUACUAUUUGGUAUGGAAUGUAAAAAGUAUUCUAUGUGGUAACUGAAAUGAAUCUUAUUCUAUGUAGUAGCUCGAUAUCGAUCAAGGUACACAUCGGUUCACUAUUAUCUAAUAUGCAUAUUGUGCCAUCGUUUUUGUUACUAAUAUUAGCUAUCAGUACUCUCGAGAAUCACAAAUCUAACUCUCCUUGAUCAUUGGACUCAAAAGAUAAUUUCAAACCUCAGUUAUCCAUAGGAAACCUUCUGACUCG